AUGUUAUUGAAGUUGGCUUACAGUUCGAGUGAAGCGCUCUAUACUGUGAUUGUUGUGACUAGUCUUCGAGUGGAGCGCAUGAAUGAAUGGCAGGCGAAGAAGUCAGCGAAAGAAGUGGACAAUUGGCCGGUUGUGGAGACAACUCAAAUGUUGGGCGAAGUGUCGGGAGUGGCCACCAGUAGAGACAAUAGCGUUCAUGUGUUUCAUAGAGUGGAGAGAGUCUGGGACGCCACCACUUUCGAUAUGAAUAAUGUCUACAACGGAAGGAAUGGACAGCCGAUACAAAACGACACUAUUUUGGUAUUG